CUCAAACUGAACAAGAAGAGAAUCAAACCACUUGUACUGAAUAUUACUCGGCAUUUAGUUUAAAUCAGACUAAUCAUGUCGUUUCUCAAUUUUAGAUACACCAAUUUCAUCAUCGUGCUACUGCUUGGCUUUAAUCUGCAAGCAUCCACUGCAUAUGACUGCAGUGAUAUUGACCACGAUUUUAUCGAGGUGUCAUGCACUGGUUGGAAUAACAAUUGUCCUGACGGUUUUCGUGGACGUUGGGUAGAGAAGGCCAACGGCAUCAAGCAGUGGUACUGCUAUCGAGAACUAACCGCGGAGGAGGCUGCGAUACGGGCAGAUUGCAUAUGCGCGGGUUGGACCGCUGUUUGCGUGGAUAUGGAAGCCGAACGCUCGUGUGACCUGGUCAUGGGCGAAUGCAGUUUGAAAUAUAAACUACAGGCGUGCAAAAUUUUGAAGUAUGAUGCUUAUUGCAGAGUAUUGAAUACACUAAAUAAUGUGGUGAACCCUGUAAUUGGAGUAGUGAAUUAAAUCCUGGGCUAAAAUGUGUUUAAUUGAUGGUUGUUGUUGUUAAAAUGAAAAUGAACUUGAUUGUCCUUCUGCUUUAAUUGGUUAGGGAUACAAGUAAUAAAUUAUAUAAACAUGA